AUGAUCGUCAGCCUCACCACCUCCGGCCCCGGGAAGAGCAUAACAGGCCAACGAAAAGCCAGGCAGAUCCCUAGUCUCCCCUUCGAACUCCUCUCAUCAAUCCUCUGGUUCCUCAAUAAUGCGAAGCUGAACAUAUGCGCUCGAUCCUCCCGCUCUCCCUACUACGCCGCCACUCCUCUCCUCUACCGUACCCUCCAUAUCGACCUACGGGCAGCCCAUCAUCCCCUCUCGCACCCUCGGACCCUUCUGGACCGCAAAGUCCGACCCGCUAUUUCCACGUUUCGGCGUCACCUCUCGGCCUAUUCCCGGCUCACCGUUCCCCCUCCUCCUCUCCUUAACCGUUUCACCUAUACCGUCCACCUCACCCUCACUACCCAUCGCCGAUACGAGUGCUUCCUCCGCUCCCCACCCAUCAUCCCACUGAUCAUGCCCAACCUUCACACCCUACGUAUCGUCCCGGAUCGGCUAGGCCAACUUUCCAAAGCGCACGAGCAUCUCAAUCUCUGCGAUUGCUGGCAUAUCGAGCUGGACGAGUGGCACUCUACUGGACCGGACCGGACCGCCCCUCGGUCCAAGCCCUGUCACAUCUGGGAAGGCUGCUGCUAUCCCAUGAUCGAAAAGCUACGGCCUCGCCGUCUCAUCCUAGGCGGGAUGAUCACGGGUCUGACGUGCUCGUUCGGGGAUCUCUGGCGGGCGGGGAGGGAUAGUGAGUUGCCAGAGUGGGUCAUGGAGGUGGUGGUGCUAGCGGGGAUGAUGUCCGGCGUCGAGCGCGGCCCUCUCAAGGACGACCUAUUCCUCCAGAACCUACCCCAAACGGUCGAGAAACCCAGCAUCGUCCUCUGUCCAUGGCACGAGGCACACUGCCUUAUCGACAAGCUCGAGUCUAUCAGGACGAGAGACCUUCGUACCGAGCUCCAGACCAUGGCGCGAGUUAGGCGGGGUAUCGCUCAGGCGUGUAUAGGGGAGGCGAGGAAGGUGGAGCUCGUUGGGCUCUGA